AUGUUCACGGGAACGACACCAGAAUCGCUCAUUCCGCGCUCGGAUUCGCGCAACCCGGCUACAACAUGCAAAGGCAUUACUAAAUCGGGACGACCCUGCAGACGUCCUAUUGAUGCGAAAGCAUCUAAUGAUGAGGGUGUUAUCGCUGUAGUAUCCGUUGUUAGCGACGACAGCGACGAUGACGAGAUUGGCGCCGCCGCCUACUUCUGCUGGCAACACAAAGACCAAGCCGAGCAAUUGGCCGCGCAAGCAUCGAGCGGUCCGGCGACUCAGCUUUACCCGUUGAAAGAGAGGAACAGUAUCGACACGCUCGUGGAACGACUGGGUGUCCUUGAUUUUGGAGAACCGGAGGAAGUCGCGCCCAAGAAGAAUGGAAGGAGGAGAACAUCUGGAUCUCGUCCGCCGCGGCGCAUCAAUCGACCAGCUACCUGGGACAACGUAGAAGGGCCGUUGAUGUCUGUACCGAGCGAUGUCAUGGCAGCAAGAAAGCGCCGAGACCAUCGACCGCCGAAGCCACCGCCACAGAGGAAAAAGAAGAGUUUUUGGGCUUCAUUGUGCUGUGGGUCUGCGGAUGACGAGGAAUAUACAGAGGUCGUGCGACACAAGAGAAGGACAGAUGAAAAGCCAGUAUCGGAGGACGAUGCACAAGAGACUCCCAUGCAGCAGGUACCACAGCAACCGCCUCGAGUACGACAAGAUCAUCGAAGGCCGAGCGGACAGACCUCGAGACCUUCAUCUUCCUCGCGACCACCUCCCACAUCGCGACCACCAAGUGAUCAACCUGCCCGCAAGCCACUAGGAGAAAAGCCCGCUCGACCUGUCAAUCGGACAACUCGCGAAGAGUCAGAAACAGCCAAGCUACUCCGCUACAUCCCGAACACAGUACCACCACAACUCGCGUCGACCCUGCUCGCCCAACUCUCAAAGCCCAUUUCACCCCACGACGAAGAAGGCUACAUCUACAUCUUCUGGCUCACCCCCGAAGCCGCCGGCCCUGCACCAUCCUCCGCUGCGUCGACGCUUCUCUCACCACCAUCACGUACAGAUCAAAGUAGGCGAACUUCAGAUGUCAUGCGCCAAUUCUCCGUCAAAGGCGGACAGCCCAACACCACCCGCUCAAGAUCCGGAUCCGCAAACUCCCCACCAGAAAAAGAUACUAUCCUCCUCAAAAUCGGGCGCGCAAACAACGUCCACCGCCGUAUGAACGAAUGGACUCGCCAGUGCGGAUACAGUCUAUCCCUCGUACGGUACUAUCCCUACGUUUCUUCUUCCACGCCCUCUCCUCAGCCCUCGCCCGCACAGUCACGGCGGCAAUCAGGUGCGAAUGCUGGGGCUGCCUCUGAUGGCGUGAGGAAAGUGCCGCAUGCGCAUCGUGUGGAGCGCCUGAUUCAUCUCGAGCUUGCGGAUCAGCGUGUCAUCAAGCAGUGCGAUGCUUGUGGUAAGUCGCAUAAAGAGUGGUUUGAAGUCGAGGCUACGAAGGAGGGGGUGAAGAAGGUGGAUGAGGUUGUGAAGCGGUGGGUUGAGUGGGCUGAGAAUAACAAUGAAGGAUGA